GGUUUAUUCCACUUUGAAAACGUGUCGUACGUCGAAAGAGGGACAGACGUGCGAUUGAGACGAGAUCUGACGAAGAAAACUCCGGGGAAGACGUCUGUUGGGAGGCACUUGGGUUGUCCAUAUCAACCGGCAAACGUUCGCGUAAAACUCGUCAGAUAAAAUGUUGACAAAGUGUUUUUUACUUUGCCUUUUGGCCCUUGGGGCUUAUGCAGGUGAGGAGGAUGUUCUUGAUCUCGGGGAUGACGAUUUCACCAGUAAACUCGAUCAACAUGAGAACACACUUGUUAUGUUUUAUGCACCCUGGUGUGGCCAUUGCAAGAGACUCAAGCCGGAGUACGCUAAAGCUGCGGAACUCCUCAGGGGUAAUGAUCCUCCAAUCACUCUGGCCAAGGUUGACUGCACCGAAGCAGGCAAAGACACCUGCACCAAGUUCGGAGUCAGUGGUUAUCCGACCUUGAAGAUUUUCUCCAGGUCCGAGAUGGUCAGCGAGUACAAUGGGCCCAGGGAAGCUCCAGGAAUCGUCAAGUUCAUGCAGUCUCAAGUUGGACCAGCAUCGAAGGAACUGAAAGGUGACGACUGUCACAAGGCCUUCCUCACAACCGACGAAGUGAGUUUAAUCGGUUACUUCGAGAAGGAGAGCUCUGCCCUGAGCACCGCGUUCCAGGCCGUGGCGAAGAAGCUCCGAGAGAAGGUCCGCUUUGCCCACACCUACGCAAAAUCCCUCAUCGAAAAAGAGGGUCUCACCGAUCACAUUGUUCUCUACCGUCCAAAGGCCCUCCAAAACAAAUUCGAGCCGAACACUGUCAAAUUCGAGGGCAAAGACUCGAUCGCAGACAUCAACGAUUUUAUCGCGAAGAAUUACUUUGGUCUAGUGGGUGUACGCACCCGCGAUAAUGCUGGACAGUUUGAAAAUCCUCUCGUCGUUGCUUAUUACGCGGUCGACUACGUUAAGAACCCGAAGGGCACCAAUUACUGGAGGAAUCGAGUAAUUAAAAUUGGAAAAGAAUUCCCAGAGGUGAACUUUGCUAUUUCCAAUAAGGAUGACUUCCAGCACGAAUUAAACGACUUUGGAAUAGAGUUCGCAAAGGGUGAGAAACCAGUUGUGUUGGCCCGUGAUGCCAAAAACCAGAAAUUCAUACUCAAGGAUGAAUUCUCGGUUGAAUCGUUGGAAAAAUUCGUGAAGGACUUUGUGGCUGGAAAAUUGGAGCCAUUCCUCAAGUCUGAACCUAUCCCAGAAGAUAAUUCUGGAAAUGUCAAGGUUGCUGUUGCUAAAAACUUCGAGGAACUCAUUUCAAACGCCGACUCUGACAUUCUCAUCGAGUUCUACGCUCCAUGGUGCGGUCACUGCAAGAAAUUGGCACCAAUCUUCGAUGAAUUGGGUGACAAACUUGCUAAGGAGGACGUUAUCAUUGCCAAGAUGGAUGCCACUGCGAAUGAUGUACCUCCACAAUUCGAGGUUCGAGGUUUUCCAACAUUAUUCUGGAUCCCCAAGAAUUCCAAGGACUCGCCGGUGAAGUACGAGGGUGGCAGAGAACUCGAGGACUUUGUCAAGUACAUCGCCAAACAUUCGACUGAAUCCCUCAAGGGAUACGAUCGCAAGGGCAAUCCUGUCAAGACUCCAAGUGAUGAGUUGUAAAAAUCAUCGUGCUCUUCGUUCAAACAUUCAAUAAUUUCUCCUUUUUUUAAAACUCAUUUACCGGAAGUUUUAUCUAAUGAAUAUAUGCCAAAUUUGAUUGCCUUCUGAGUGACAUUUCACUCCACUCCGAUCCCCCACUUUCCAUUUCAUUGCCAGAGGUUGAAUAAUUAAUACCGUUAUCCCAGGAAUAAACUCGACAAGCACAAGACGAUUGAGAUGUGUAAUUAUGGUUGUGUCAAAGGAGAUUUGAGUACUCUGCUGUGGACGGAGAUUAUGUUCCAUUCCGGUAUACAUUUGUCGAUUUAAGUAAGAAUAGAUUUAAGAAAGUAUGAAUUUCGUUUAUACGAACAUGAAUAAAUGGGCGGAAGUAAUUUUUUUA